AUGGUUGACAGGAAGAAGACGCGCUGCUCAGGGGAAAAGCCAGUGUGCGCCUUCUGUGCCCGGCUCAAUCAGCGCUGUACGUGGGAUGGCGACGAAGAUGUUUCGCCCGAACGACUCACGGACACGGGCCGAGCUCUAUCCUCUUCAGGUACAGCCGCACAGAACGCAAGUCUUGCUGCAAGAGUCGCUUUGCUGGAGUCUCGGCUGAGCUUUCUGGACGCGGACAAUGCAUUCAACCUAUUCGCUUCGGUGUCCCCACCAACGGCAGUCAAUCAACCCGUGGAUCAACCCCCUGCAGUCGACGACAUUGCGCGGACGAAUAGCGACUUCACCUUUCUUCCCGAUCCGGUAAUCUUUCGAUCUCUGGUUCAAGUCUACUUUGAUCGCUGUCACAACCAACCCUAUGCCUUUUUCCACGAAGAGAUGUUUCGCCAUGAUUAUGAAUCCGGAUCAUUGCCCGAGUAUUUACUCUAUGCCUUUGCUGCUGCUGCCUGCCGCUUCUCCGACCAUGAGUUCUAUCGGCAUCGUCGUAGUGAAGCUAUCGAUGCAUAUGCACAAUCAUCAUUCGGGCAAAUUUUCGAACACUCAUUUUCCGAUGCCGAGAGUUUGGAGCCUUUGAUGGUGGUGGCUCUGGCGAUAUUGGCGGUUGUGGACUUCGCAGGUGAGUUUGGUGAGACGGUUGAUGCGAGGCAUGCAAGGAUUGACACAAGAUCGUGCAAAGCCGGACGCCCAAAGAUAGGCUGGGUGAAGCUGGCUCUGUCGUGUCGGUUCGCACAUGCCCUGCGACUCAAUGAAGAGCCCGAUCCACAGCUCCCUAUACACGAACAGGAAGAACGGCGACGAAUAUUCUGGUCGGUCUAUCUUCUCGAUAUCCUGAUGUCGGUUGGGCCCAACCGGCCCCCUUCGCUUCUCGAUGAAGACUGCACUGUUCGUCUACCCUGUCACGAGAGCUUUUUCAGGGAUGGGCUCGACGGGGGCCCGGUGCCAACUUUGACCUCGGUGGUCGAAAAUCCGUCAGGCGCCAACCACCAAAACCUGGAUCCGUUCGCUAUGACUAUAAUCAUGGCAUCGGCACUAGGCCGCUUCAUACGCUUUAGCCUGAAGCGCACUUUGAAUACGACUCAUGUUCUCUGGGAUCCGCGCUCCAAGUAUUAUGAGGUACAAAGCAUUUUAUUGUACUACGAAAGCCACUCGCCAUGUGCUUUCAGUACCAUUUCCGAGGUGCUCAAUCGACACCCUUCAUUCAGCGAGUCUACCUCACCAUCACAUGUCAGCCACAUUAUCUACUCCCACGCCCUCUACCACCUCAACAAUUGUCUUCUCAACCAUCCAUUCAUCUUAUACCGCUUCUUCCAGGCAUAUACGGCACCCGUACCUCUAAGUUUCGUGCAAGAGGCACUACAAAGAUGCCGAAGACACGCCACAAAUCUCCUCGAGCUACUGAUCGAUCUGGAAACGUACGGCCCGCUCAGCCAUCCCAGCUUCUAUGGUUAUUGUGCAAUGGCGGCUGGGGUGAUCCACAGCAUAUACGAGAAGAGUGAAGACGCAGAAGUCGCACAGGCCUCGCGGAAACAGCUUCAAUCAGCUCUGAGCUUCCUACAACGUGAACCAGUACGGUGGGGACAUGUGGGCCACAUGUUCAAGGGUACCCUUCUCCGCUCAUUCAAGUUGGAUCCCGAAGUUGCCAGGGUUCUCAUAAACCCUACGAGCCUGGCACAGAAAAUGACCGUGCCACUUGGAAAUAUGCUGUGGCAGCUCCUCGACUACGCCUGGUUGCCCCACAACAUCCGCCCUGGCGAGACAAGGUCUACACUGGCAGAUCUUUUGCCAGGAACCGGACACCUGCGGACAAAUAUCACUGAGUCCUUGGCUUCAGGCAGCACGAAUCUUCCAGGAGACCAGUAUAACACAAGCGGUGUUCUACCUGCCACGUACGCUCGUAUGCUGGGAGAAGACAUGGGCGGGAUUUUGGCAGAAGCCAUGGGAGACAACAGCUUGCAAGGAUUUGCGCGGCCAACCUUUUCCAAUGGACCGCCGGCUGCUUUUUGA